AUGUCUGCUCCCCCUGGAGCGAACGGAUUGAGCGGCAGUGCCUCCGGUGCUGAUUGUGGUCGUGUUGGUGUUGCUAGUGGAUCGGGUGGUCGUAUGACAGCAGCGACUGUCGGUGUUCGCUCUGGUACCAUCACUAUUACUGGAUCAUCUACCAGUGCUGGUGCUAUUGCUGAUGGGUCAGGAGUCACAGUCAAUGCUCCUCGUUUCCAGCCGGGAAACGUUGUGGUGCAACAGCCACAUGGUGCUACGACACCUUGGCCUGCCCAUCAGCCAUAUCCUCCUUAUGGCUAUGCAUAUGGAUGGCCAGCCCCUACCCCAGCCCCUGUGGUGCAUCACCACCAAUACAACAUUUCGGGAGGCAUUUAUGGUGGAGCCACUGUUUCGUUCGGGGCUGCCAAGAAGCAGUCCCAAAGCAGUGACUCGUCUGUGGCCUCCAGAGGAUCCGAUUCGUCCCAAGACAGUGAGAAACUGACGGCCGCGGCGGUCCUGAAAAUUGUUCGUGACCAAGACAUUAUCAAGAAAGUCAAACAGGUCAUCCGAGAGAAAUGGGCUAUGCACGCGGAGUUUGUUGGCCAGAUGGAACGACUUGUUCAAUUGCAAGCUGGGCUUGAUCUGUCCGAUGAAGCUCGUGAGAAUGUCCAAGAGAUGGAUGCUCUCAUUCGAGCGUAUCACAAUCGUCUCAAUGAGCCCGACGACGCGGACGCUGGACAGGAUUGA